UAAUUUCAAGUGAUUUACAACCGUCUUCAUCUUAAACUCUCUCGAUACAAUGGCUUUACUUGCGGGGAAAUAUCAAUUUGAAAGAAAUGAGAAAUAUUUUGAAUAUUUAAAAUCUUUGGGACCAGAAGUGAGUGAUGAGAUUGCUUCGAAAUUAGAUGGGUCAAAACCAACAAUUGAUGUUGUUAUCGAUGGAAAUGUGUGCAACAUUUCAAGUUCAGCAGGAAGAGGUCAAAAGUUCACCUUCGGUGAAACUUUUGAUGAAGAGUUAUUCCCUGGAAUAACCGUUAAGACCACGGCUACAUUGAAUGGAAAUAAAGUUGAAGUUCAAUCGGUGUUUGGUGAUGGCAGAAGCGGAAGCAGGGUUUUCGAAUUCUCCGAUGGCGGAUUAAUUAUUCAUUACUCUAAUGCCAAAGGAAGUGGAAAAAGAUUUUUCAAGAGAGUUUAAAAGUUGAUUUCGUCUUCUUCUAAAAGUUUUUUUUUUCUCCAAGUGUUUAAAGAAA